GCACCUUCCCCACACAGCUCCCCGGUGGGACGCGGAGCCAGGGGUUGGUGGAGGGUGGGUACAAGCCAUGGAGGAGAAGGUGCUGCCCUCUUUGGGCAACACCAAACCGCACCUGGAGAAACUGACCCUCGGGAUCACCCGUAUCUUGGAAGCAUCUCCAGGAGUGACAAAAGUGAGGAUCAUUGAAAAGGAGCCUGCUGAGCGCCAUAUGAUUGCUUCAUGGGAACUAAAAAAUGACUGUGUAAUGCCAGAGGAUUUGAAGAACUUUUACCUGAUGACAAAUGGUUUUCAUAUGGUGUGGAGUGUGAAACUUGAUGAUCAGCCUGUGCCUUUGGGCUGCCUGGUGAUUAACAGCAUCGCAAAUUUGACUCAACUCACUCAGUCGGCUGUAUACACACUUCCCAAUUCACCAACUCUAGAGGAUCUAGAUGAUGAGGAGGAUGAAGGUGAUGAAGAUCAGCCAGAGAAGCCCCACUUUGACUCUCGUAGUAUAAUAUUUGAGCUGGAUUCCUGCAGUGGGAAUGGCAAAGUAUGCCUUGUCUACAAAAAGACUUCACCAGUGGCCAAAGAGAGCAAGAUCUGGUUCCUGGACAGAGCUUUAUAUUGGCACUUUCUGACAGACAGCUUCACUGCCUACUACCGCCUGCUGAUCACUCACUUGGGCCUUCCCCAGUGGCAAUACACCUUCACCAGCUAUGGUAUCAGCCCACAGGCCAAGCAAUGGUUCAACAUGUAUAAACCCAUCACCUACAAUACCCAAGUGCUCACAGAAGAGACUGACUACUUUAUAAACAAGCUAGAUCCCAGCAAAGUGUUCAAGAAUAAGACCAAAACCUUGGCCCCCACCAAGAGAGGAGGGACACCGCAGCCUCCGGGCUCCCAGAAAGGAUCUUCAGGUUCCUCUUCCAACAAGUCUUCCUCUACCUCUGGAAACCCUGUCAGGAAGUGAGCAGCCCCAGCCAUAUGGGCUCUGCCCUCUGCACUGGGAGAGCUCCAAGACUCUUGCCUUUCUCUUCUCUACAGGGACUCAAAUCUGAGAGCCUGGACCCCUCCUGAGUACCCAGAAUUGUGCAACCUAGGUAGUGCUGGUGUUACAUUGUUCUCCCAGUCUUGCAAAGUGUCUGAUGAAACUCAGGGCACUGAUCAGAGAAGUCCCCCCAUGUUCCUUUUCUUCCAGCACUCAUUAAAAUCCAUCCUAAAUCACGCUGCAGUGUUAAUAAUGGUCUAUCAUCCUCCACGAUAGCAGAGACCAUACUCAUUUGCAUUCUACCAUCUCUGCUUUUUUCCCUGCAUGGAAGUGGACCUAGUACAGAGGAACAUCUAUUAAAUAACAUGUUACUUAACUGAAGUAUUGCUGGGUAAAAGCUUUGACAACUGCUGAAAAACCCUAGAAACUUUUCUUCUAGAAUUGCCAGAAUCAUUGGAAAACCAAAAAAAAACCCUCUGCAUUUAAUGCCCUGAUUAUUUUUCAUUAUCAAUGGAGCCAAACCAAGAAAGUGUAUUUUUCCCUAGCCUGGAGGUGUUUCUACCUCUAGUGUCUCAAAGGAUUUCAUUUUUCUGUGACUUACUGCUAAAUAUGAAAUGUUUACUUCCAGAAAAUUCUUUCAGAAUAAAAAUUAACCUUCCUGGCUAUUUUUAACGACUUGUCUCUGAUUGUUUGGGAGAACUCUCUGGAUUUUAACUUCUUUAUUGCACCGAGUUAAUAAUCCCUGGACCUGGAGCAGAUUUAUAUCAGGAUAAGGGAUGGCCAUCUGAAUUCAGAGAACAAUCCAUCAUAGGUGUUUUUGUGGCAGGAAGUAGGAUGGAUUCAUCUCCCAGAUAGUAAAAUAUAAUAAUAUAGUACUUAUGCUCUGUUAAAAGUUUUCAAAACAUAUAUUUUAUCUUAUUUGAUUGUUGCCAGUUAGGUGCUAUCCCCAUUUUACAGAUGAGGUAAACAAUCUGAAAGGUCAAACAACUAAUAAAUGUCUAAGGCAAUAUUUGAACUCUUCUUAUUGACCAUAAAUGUAGCUUUCUAUCUACUAAGCCAUCUCAUUUUACAUUUAGCCUAGAGAGGGGAUCAAAUGACAAGAGCCAGAAUUCUUUUUCUUUUAUUAAAAUUUAAUUCUUUAUUUUCUCCUAUAUCCUUUAUUUCUCCCCAAUUAUAUGUAAAAACAAUUUUAAUAUUCUCUUUUUCAAAUUUUGAGUUCCAGAUUCUCUCCCUCUCCCUCUCUGUUUGAUUUCUUGAAAUCAAGCAAUUUUAAUAUGGGUUAUACAGGCAAAAUACAUUUCCAUGCAUGUCAUUCUAUGAAAGAAAAUAUAGAAACUCCCCCCUCAAAAAAAAAAAAAAGUAUGUUCAGUCUCCCUUUAGGUUUUAACAGUUCUUUUCUCUGGAUAUGAACUGCGUCUUUCAUCAUGAGUCUUUCAGAAUUGUCUUGGAUCAUUAUAUUUCUGACAUUAGCUGUAUGUCAUUCACAAUUGUUUUAUCAUAAAAAAUUGCUGUUA